GCGAGCGAGGGCGUCGGCCAUUUUGUGGCUGUUUCCUGUGGGACGCGGUGGUGGCGGUAGGGUCGGGAGAGUGAGCGAUUCUUCGGCUAGUUUUUCCUGCUUGUUUUCUCCUCCCUUUUUUUUUGUCGGUAGAGCGCAGUUAUGGGUCGCAAGAAGAAGAAGCAGCUGAAGCCGUGGUGCUGGUAUUGUAAUAGAGAUUUUGAUGAUGAGAAGAUCCUUAUACAGCACCAAAAAGCAAAGCAUUUUAAAUGUCAUAUAUGUCAUAAGAAAUUAUAUACAGGACCUGGCUUAGCUAUUCAUUGCAUGCAGGUGCAUAAAGAGACAAUAGAUGCAGUACCAAAUGCAAUACCUGGGAGAACAGACAUAGAGUUGGAAAUAUAUGGUAUGGAAGGUAUUCCAGAAAAAGACAUGGAUGAAAGAAGACGACUUCUUGAACAGAAAACACAAGCAGAGAGUCAAAAAAAGAAACAACAAGAGGAUUCUGAUGAAUAUGAUGAUGAUGACUCUGCAGCUUCAACUUCAUUUCAACCACAGCCUGUUCAACCUCAACAAGGUUAUAUCCCCCCAAUGGCACAACCAGGACUACCACCAGUUCCAGGAGCACCAGGAAUGCCUCCAGGCAUACCUCCAUUAAUGCCAGGUGUUCCUCCUCUGAUGCCAGGAAUGCCACCAGUUAUGCCAGGAAUGCCACCUGGAUUGCAUCAUCAGAGAAAAUACACCCAGUCAUUUUGCGGUGAAAACAUAAUGAUGCCAAUGGGUGGGAUGAUGCCACCUGGACCGGGAAUACCACCUCUGAUGCCUGGUAUGCCACCAGGUAUGCCCCCUCCUGUUCCACGUCCUGGAAUUCCUCCAAUGACUCAAGCACAGGCUGUUUCAGCGCCAGGUAUUCUUAACAGACCACCUGCACCAACAGCAACAGUUCCAGCUCCACAGCCUCCAGUUACUAAGCCUCUUUUCCCCAGUGCAGGACAGAUGGGGACACCUGUAACAAGCUCAAGUACAGCUUCAUCCAAUUCAGAAAGUCUGUCUGCGUCUUCUAAAGCUCUGUUUCCUAGCGCAGCACAAGCUCAGGCAGCUGUCCAAGGACCUGUUGGUACAGAUUUCAAGCCCUUAAAUAGUACCCCUGCAACAACUACAGAACCCCCAAAGCCUACAUUCCCUGCAUAUACACAGUCUACAGCUUCAACCACUAGUACAACAAAUAGCACUGCAGCUAAACCAGCAGCUUCAAUAACAAGUAAGCCUGCUACACUUACGACGACCAGUGCAACCAGUAAGUUGAUCCAUCCAGAUGAGGAUAUAUCGCUGGAAGAGAGAAGAGCACAGUUACCUAAAUAUCAACGUAAUCUUCCUCGACCAGGACAGGCUCCCAUUGGUAAUCCACCUGUUGGGCCAAUUGGAGGUAUGAUGCCACCACAGCCAGGCAUCCCACAGCAACAAGGAAUGAGACCCCCAAUGCCGCCUCAUGGUCAGUAUGGUGGUCAUCAUCAAGGCAUGCCAGGUUAUCUUCCUGGUGCUAUGCCGCCGUAUGGGCAGGGACCGCCAAUGGUACCCCCUUACCAAGGUGGGCCUCCUCGACCUCCGAUGGGAAUGAGACCUCCUGUAAUGUCGCAAGGUGGCCGUUACUGAUCUUACUUCAAUCCAGUCUAAUAGGUUUGGAGAUUAAACCUUUUCUCAACUUGUGCUGUUUAUAUAGCCAAGCUUCCGUCAAUAAGGCUUCAUUGUGACUUUAACAAACAUUAUCUUCCCACAUACCAGGAACUAUUGGACAUUUAUUUUACAUGGGAAAAUUUAUUUGGAAUAAUAAAGCAGGAACUUUUCCUGAAGUUGCAAUUUAUACUGUAUGGCUUCUUUUUCAUGUUUCAUCUAGGUUUUUAGAAGUGAAGUAUAGUAAAUUUGGUUCGUUAUAUUGUGAAGGCGCUGGAAUUACAUGAACAUACCACCCUAAUAAAGGCAAGUUCUGUAAGCUUAUGUUGCUAUUUGUAAAGUUAUGCCUUCACAGCAUUUCAGAUGCUGUUGGACUUCAUGUCCCCAACCUAGCUUGGUGAGGGCUGUAACUGUCUUCAAGUACCUGUACAUUGGAAGUCUGAAUGUGUAACAAUAUUUAAUGUAUUUAGAGUUCCUCAUGUUUCAGGGUUUAAGAAAUCUGACCCACCAAGGUCAUGUGACUUUUCUGUACUGUUAAACUUCAUUGUAAUAAAAGAGAGAAAAAUUUAUGCCUUUUUAUUCAUAACCCAGCUGUGGACCACUGCCUGAAAGGUUUGUACAGAUGCAUGCCACAGUAGAUGUCCACAUAAUAAAAUUCGUAGUUAUACCAA